CGCUGCAGUAAUGGCGGCGCACGCAAGUUUGCAUACUUCGCACACUGCAAUGAGCCGCUAAGAAUUUCGUGAAUGUUUCGCGUUUCUACUCGCAGAUUCGCUGUGUUUUCACUAUGGGCGUCGUGAGCAUUCAUCAAUUUCCAAUACCAGAAGGCAAAAGCGGGCAGCAAGCCGCGGAACUUCUCCAGAAGCGUCUUGAAACGUUGGGAGCCGUUCGAGAAGGCACAUUCACUGUGGACUGCGAAACGUACUACAGUUCACCUAAUAUUAAUCCCAGUCAUUCUGUGAACAUCAUCCACGACACUGAGCACCCGGCAACAUGCUUCGCGCUGCUCGAUACCGGCAUGUGCCUCGUCGCGGACAUCACAUUCGACAUGCUCAUGCUCAAGAUGGCUGGCAUCUACAGCGCCAAGAAGUCUCCCAAGAUUGAAUCGCGUGGCCCCCGGUACGAACUUGCAGACUUCCUCAUCAAAGUGGGCAGUGUUUCAAUGGGACCAAGCUUUCGAGGUAUUCUCGUUGAGGUUGAGUACCUGCCAUGUGUGGUCCCAUCGAGCUGCUGGGACCUGAUGCGAGAGUUCCUGCAAGGCUUCAUGGGCUCCACCGUGCAGGGUCCUCCCCAGUACCUUCAGGGUCGCAUGAACGAACUGUACAAUCCUGUGGACACUGUCCAGCAGUACAUGGAACACUUCAACAAUUUCCGAAGAGCAUCCGCCACACCCGUGACAGCACCCGCAAACAUAGAGUGACAAGCCGGAAACAUAGUGGCUCUGUGGACAUCCUUUGACUUUGCUUCGCUGAAACUUCUUGUUCUGUUCCUCUUGUUUUUUUCUGCUCUCCUACAUCAGAAGGACUGUUUAGAGUUGUGUUUAUCUGCUUUUGGCGGCAGUCUCGUGAUGUAUGAAACAUUCAUGCAAAUCAGGCACAUCGCUGCUGCACCUGUUAGCCCGGCUCCACCCAUGCGAGCAUGUGAGGUAUCCUUACCCCCGGUGUAAUUUGAAACAUACAAGCUAAAAUGUCUCAGUUUCCAUGCUUGGAAUGAAAGCCAAGAGCAGUUGAGGGUGCAAUGUGACAUAAUGCUUGUGUACUGAAGUUUUUGUACUGCCGCAACCAGAGCCACAGCAUUGAUGCGGAAUUUUAUUCGAGAAAUGUUGUCAUCCAUAUAAAAAAAUUGGCUCUGUAUCUGCAGGUUCGACUGCAGAUGUCGUCAAAAGACGAUGGUCUUUUGUCUGGAGAGAGUGAAUAGAAUACAACAUUUAUUUGAUGUUUUGCACGAGAAAAUCUGUAAAUAAGAUUUUGGAGGCAUGG